UUAUUUCCUACGUUUUCGUGUUUCCGUAAACAUCGCAGGGGGAGUGGGGAGCAGGAUGUAUCCCGUCAUGCAGCACGUCGGCUUCCCUCGGUGCAGGGAGCGAGCGCAGUAAUGGCGGCGGGUUAGAGACAGACGAAGGUACCGCGUCUGUCAGCAGCCGCACUCAGCGCAGCUCCGGGCGGGCAGCAGCUUCACACGCUGCGGCGGAGCCGGCGCGACCGGUCAUUCUACCGUGGGUGAUUGUUUCACGGAACUGACUAUAUUUGUUCUACUUUUGUAAUAAAUAAAUAUUUAAUUAAUUAAAUAGAAGAUGGAAGAGCAGCCGGGCGGCGGAGUGGCCGGCGGUCCGCGGCAGCCUCCGCCGCCGCAACAGGGGAACAGCAGCAGCAUUCACCCGCCGAUCGGAGGCGUGAUGGGCCCACAGCAGCCGGAUGAGCUGCCCCGGCAGCCGCAGCAGCAGUACACCAUCCCGGGAAUCCUCCACUACAUCCAGCACGAGUGGGCCCGCUUCGAGAUGGAGAGAGCGCACUGGGAGGUGGAGCGGGCCGAGCUCCAGGCCAGGAUAGCAUUCCUGCAGGGUGAGAGGAAAGGUCAGGAGAACCUCAAGAACGAUCUGGUUAGAAGAAUAAAAAUGCUGGAAUAUGCAUUAAAGCAGGAGAGGGCAAAAUAUCAUAAAUUAAAAUAUGGAACGGAGUUAAAUCAGGGUGAGAUGAAGAUGCCGAGUUUUGCAUCAGACACCAAAGACUCUGAGGUCUCGACCGUCCCUGCCAACAGCCAGCUCACAUGGAAACAAGGAAGACAACUACUGAGACAGUACCUCCAUGAAGUCGGAUACACAGACACCAUCUUGGACGUUCGUACUCAGAGGGUUCGCUCUCUGCUUGGCCUAUCCGGUUCUGAGCAGAAUGGAUCUCUGUGAGAACAAGACCUGCAGCACUUAAUCAAUGGGACGGACCGUCGGAAAGAGGGCAAAAGGUUUGUACGUUCAGGUGAUGUUUUAGAAACGUUCAACUUCCUGGAGAACGCAGAUGACAGCGCUGAAGACGAGAUGAGGAGGGAGACACUGAUGGACGACAUCAGCACCAACAAACUCCACCGUGCCAAAAAAACACAGAGACCAAGGUACCCACACCUUGUGGUGAAUGAGGGUUUGGCCUCAGAGGAUGACGCAGACACAGAAGAGGCGCUGAAGGAGUUGGACUUUCUGGUAACAGCUGAGGAUGGUGAGGGAGCAGGCGAGGCCAGGAGCUCCUGAGACUGGACUGAGUGGGCGGCACCUUUACCGUUUCCCCCUGGUGGGGGGAAGGCCUUCCUUUUGGGGGGGUCGGAUGAUGUUUUGGAGAGCGUGCUCGGCUUGGGUGACCUUGCUGACCUCACAGUCACAAAUGAUGAAACAGACUACAGCUACGACCUGCCAUCAAAGGAGUCUUCAUUCAGGAAGACGUGGAGCCCCAAGUACACAUUGCGGAGCCACUUUGACGGUGUUCGAGCACUCGUCUUUCAUCCCGUUGAGCCCUGCUUGGUCACAGUGUCUGAGGAUCACACCCUGAAAUUGUGGAACCUCACCAAGACGGUUCCUGCCAAAAAAAGUGCCUCUUUUGAUGUCGAACCCAUCUACACAUUCAGAGCUCAUGUUGGGCCAGUCUUAUCACUAGCAAUGACCUCCAGUGGCGAGCAGUGUUUCAGCGGUGGCAUUGACUCAACCAUCCAGUGGUGGAACAUCCCCAGCUCCAACGUCGACCCCUAUGACACCUACGAUCCCAGUGUCCUGGCAGGGUCAUGGGUGGGGCAUACAGAUGCUGUUUGGGGAUUGGCCUACAGUGGCAUCAAGAACCGCCUCCUGUCCUGUUCCGCUGAUGGAACAGUCAAACUGUGGAACCCACAGGAGAAGAACCCCUGCAUCAGCACUUUCAACAUAAACAAAGAGCAUGGCGUUCCUACAUCGGUGGACUUCAACAGUUGUGACUCUGCCCACAUGAUGGUGUCCUUUAACAGUGGGUUUGUGGCAGUGUAUGACCUGGAGACCUCCCAGAAUGCACUGGUGCUGAAGGGGCAGGGGGAUGGAGCCAUCCCGGGUUCUAAUCAUAUCAAUAAGGUAGUCAGUCAUCCCACGCUGCCCGUCACCAUCACUGCUCAUGAAGACCGGCACAUCAAAUUCUUCGAUAAUAAGUCAGGUAAAGUCAUUCAUGCCAUGGUUGCGCACCUGGACGCCAUCACCAGUCUGGCGGUGGAUCCUAAUGGGAUCUACCUGAUGUCCGGCAGUCACGACUGCUCCGUGCGACUGUGGAAUCUCGACAGUAAGACGUGCGUCCAGGAGAUCACAGCUCACCGCAAGAAGAGUGAGGAAGCCAUUUAUGACGUGGCGUUCCACCCGUCAAGGGCAUACAUCGCCUCUGCUGGUGCUGACGCCCUCGCCAGGGUCUAUGUGUAGUGAAGUAGAAAAUGACGAAGGCAGCGCAUCCGCACUCGGAGGAUCCGGGUUUGUUUGAGAAAGGACAGACAGGCUCUGUGAGGACGAGUGGUACCUUGACCUCCGACUGACUGAAGAGACUG